GCCUUCUCAUUUGCCUGCCUUCCAUUUUUUGUGGGGACGUGUAGUUCCAUCAUUGAAGCGGUCACUCAGUUAUCUUUCUUUUUCUACAUCGUCUUUGGCUUUAACCAAAUGGAAGCUGAACAUUUGUCACGUGUUCAUUUCGGCGCUAUCUGCCUGUAAAGUCAUUUUUCAAGCCAGUUAAGGAACUCAAAUAUGAUCUGACACGACGGGACGUAAGACAAGGCUACAUUGAACUAGCGACAAGGCAUUUUAAAUCCAUAUUACUUUGGUGAGAUUCAAGAUCAGUGAGCGUGGUGUGUGUGUAUGUACUGUAUAGUCAGAACAUGACUGGGGAGGCUGUCAAAGCGUUAAGGUUGUGUCAGCGUCAUUCGGCUUUGCUGCGAAGAUGUCCCCAUCCCCAACUGUCCAGGUCAUUCAGCUCCCAAAGGGCGGGGAAGAGCCUCGGACGGUUCAGGAAGAUGUUUUUGGGCGUGGCGGUGGGUGUGCCUGCGGUGCUGGGGGUCCAGUAUGCCUUGGCCGAGCCUAGAGAGAGACGGAAGAUAAAGAUCUUGGUGGAAGGAGUUGGUCGGUUCUUUAGGUCAAUAUACGUAGGACUCUAUAUCUCAGUAGAUUAUUGGUGGACCUCCAAUGUGACCUUACGCGGCAUUGAUGAGAGAAGUCUAUCGUUUGUGGAAGAGAUGUCAUUAUGCCACCAGAGGGCAGCAAACGGCAUAGUGGAGGGAGCGGUGCAGAACGGGGGGAUUUAUGUUAAACUAGGACAGGGCCUGUGUUCCUUCAACCACCUGCUGCCUCCUGAGUACAUAAAGACACUGCAGGUGCUAGAGGAUAAGGCUCUCAACAGGAGAUACAAGGAGGUUGAUGCUCUUUUCAGAGAGGACUUCAACGUGACUCCGGACAAGAUGUUUAAGAAGUUUGACUAUGAACCCAUUGCAGCAGCGAGUCUGGCCCAGGUCCACAAGGCAGAGCUUCAGGAUGGGACUGCUGUUGCUGUCAAAGUGCAGUACAUAGACCUCAGGGAUCGCUUUGAUGGUGACAUCAGGACUCUGGAGAUCCUUCUGGACAUUAUAAAGUUCAUGCACCCCAGCUUUGGAUUUAGAUGGGUCCUUAAUGACUUGAAGGGGACAUUAGCUCAGGAGCUGGACUUUGAGAAUGAGGCCAGGAACUCCGAGAGAUGUGCUAAAGAACUGAAACACUUAAAAUUUGUUGUUGUGCCAAAGGUGUACUGGGAACAAACCAGCAAGAGAGUGUUGACGGCAGAGUUCUGUGAAGGCUGCAAAAUCAACAAUGUGGAAGAAAUCAGAAGACAGGGACUCAGCUUGAGAGAUACUGCUGACAAGCUGAUCCGUACUUUCGCAGAGCAGAUUUUUUACACCGGCUUUAUCCACGCUGACCCUCACCCUGGCAACGUGCUCGUGAGGAGAGGCCCAGGCAAGAAGGCUGAGCUCAUUUUGUUGGAUCACGGCCUGUAUGAAUACCUCAGUAAAGAUGACCGGGUAGCUCUGUGUAAACUGUGGAGGUCCAUAGUUCUGAGAGACGACGCUGCCAUGAAGAUGUACUCCAAGAAGCUGGGGGUCAAAGACUACUUCAUCUUCUGUGAGAUGCUGCUGCAACGGCCAAUCAACAUGCGGGAGCUGGGCCUGUCCAACAUACUGAGUGGUGAGGAGACCUCCUAUAUGAGGGAAAUGGCUGUCAAUCACUUUGACAACAUCAUGGCUGUACUCAAGGCUAUGCCCCGGCCCAUGCUGCUGGUGUUCAGGAACAUCAACACAGUCCGCAGCAUCAACAUCACAUUGGGAGCUCCAGUGGACAGAUACUGUGUCAUGGCAAAAAGUGCUGUGUCCAGCUGGGGGAGACUCCAGGCAGAGAGGCCUGGAGUUCUUCCCAGGUUCAGGGUGUUCCGGUGGUUUUGGGGUACCUGGGAGAGCCUUAAGUUUGAUUGUGCCCUGAGGACCGAGAUGGCGAUGAUGAGUCUGACUCGCACUCUGCUCUCCCUGUUGUCAUUCUUUCAUCUAAUUUCUCUGGAUGAGGAAGUGUACCAAUACCUGCGCUAAAGGUAGAGGAGGCCCAUGACGCCUAUACCUCAGCUGGGUACCUGAGGAUGGAGACUACGGUUGAAAUAACUCCUGAAGUGUUUUAACAUCAUGUAAAAUUGUCAGGUUGGCUGGUAUAAUGGUGCUACAUUUCCUCCACAUCUACAGUACACUAGAGUUCAUGCGUCCCAAUGCAGUCUUUUAAACUAUAAAUUUAAAUCAUAAUUUGGUCUAAAUCAUGUGAUAUUUAAAUAUGAUUUGUGUAUUUUUGUCAUUUUAUCAUUUGGCUUUUUAAAUAUUGUCUCAUUGUGUGGAUUUUAGCGUAGUUAAACAUUUCAGUAAACAGACCUGUUUUAGUUUUUUUUCUUCAUCAACCAUGUCCUGUCGAGAUUUACAAUGGUCAUCAAAAUGCAGAGCGUACGUCUAAACUAAUAUACAGUCCUUAUUUGAAACAAUUAGAAAAAUGUCCUUGUGAGGGAAAUGUAAUGUUGAAAUUCAAAAAACAGUAGCAAAUCAUGAUGUGUCAACUAUUAAAGCCUGUUAUAAUCAAAGUUGUGACAUCAUGCAGAUGUCCAAAAUUACCAUCGCACUCGGGUGAUAUUUCAGGUUUUUUCUCAAAACAGCAUUUUUAUAAUUCUAACCAUUGCAGGAUGUUUUUGUUUUUUUAAAUAAGCAUGAUAAAAAAUAGGGAAAUCAUGUUUUUAACUGCAUUAGGCAUGACAGGAACAAGCACUAAAUGUAGCACCAAGCCAAAGAUGUCAUAGCCUCAAAGUUAGCUGGCACAAAAUAUCUUAAACAUAAAAGACAUGCCAUGAUUAUCAACCCAGAACAAUUCUUUUUUAUUUCACAACUGGAGUUUUCAAGAACAGUAAUGUAUGUUGAGCUCAAACGUAGCCUAACAAGAAUUCCAUUCAGUGGCAGUUCCUGCUGGGCCAUUAACAUUUUAAUGAAUAAGAAAGUCAACAGAGGGUUAAUAAAGAUUUUAAUGAGACUGUCAGCCAUUUCAAGGUUUAGCAUGGGAGAUCAUUAGUUUAUAAUGUUGCAUUAUCUGAAUAAUGACUUCUAGAUCCAGUCACGUUUCCUCUACACGCAGUAGCCACUUGCCAGUUUAUGGUUCCACCCACAUAGUUCUUGGUCAGGCCUCCCUUUUCCUUCAAAACAGCAUGGCUUACUCAGUGUCAAACACAGGGAUUUUGGUGCUUGCUGAUGUGACGGCAUUGUGCAAUUACUGCAGAUUGGAUGGCAGUAUAUUCACGCUGAAGACAACAUCCUUUUCCAUUUCAUCUGGAAUACGCUCAAUUGUGUUGAGGUCUGGGCACUGAGCAGGUUACUCAAGUAAACUGAACUCGCUUUUAUGUCCCCGGAGUCACUGUGAGACGAUGUUUUGUGAUGUGGCACCUUGUUCUGCUGGAAGCAUCCACAUGAUGAAGGGAUUCAUGCACACGCUCAGCAACAAUAGUUCAAACGCCCAACGUUGCUCCGCUGGUAUAAAGGGACCUAACGUGUGCCAGGAAAACAACAUUCCACACAGCGUUCCAGGACCGCAGCCAGCCUGGACCAAUCACCAGGCAGGAUGGUUUCAUGGACUCAGAUCCCAUUCAUAUGUGCCUCUGUAAGUGUACAGUGCUUGCAAUGUCAGGGUUAUGGGUUUAUUACACGCAGACAGCCAGCAUGAAUACGUAUGUGCUCAUUACUGUAUAAGUCACUAUGGAUAAGAGCUCCGGAUAAAUUACACAAAAUAUGGAAGUGUAACAAAGCCCUUUGCCUGAUCAACUUCCUGUUCCAUCAUGCUGUGUGUUCUCAUUGACUGCCAGCGUUGGUGAUGGCGUUUCAUUUAAGUGGGUCUGGUGGAAAGGAGUGGAACCCAGUGUGAUGCCUGUUCUGCACACCUCUGUUGUUCAAAGCCAUUACCACCGUGCCUGUUUUUGGCCUUGUCAUUCUUCUACCUCUCUACUGUGGGUUUUUGCACACAGAACUGGCUGAUUGGAUGUUUUUUUUUUUUUGGUCUGUACACCCUACAAUCAUGUGGAAAGUCCAGUGGUUUCUGUGAUAACGGAACCUUUGCACCUGGUACAGAUGAUCACACCACACUCAUUUGCUCAACUGAACGCUGCAAUACUUGCUUUGUAUGGAGACCCACGGUAACAUGACCAAAUGUCUGUAAGAGCGACACUUUUGUGAACUGGGUGGUGUGUCUACAGUUGGUUACUAAGUGCAGAUGUUGGACACCAUGGUCAGAUGAUUUACAUACAUCUAGUUUGGGAGUCAUUCUUUAACAAUUCAAUAAUGUUCACUUUUAGGAAAUAUUGAGAGCAACGCUCAUCUAAUGUUCAAAACACCACAAUAACCCAACUGCUAAUGCUGCUUUUAUACUUUCAAAACCUUAUGGAUGUAAAUACUAUGAACUUAAAAUAAAACAUGUCCCACCUCCCUUUA